GGACGACCCUGACGCUCCACACAGGCGUGACCUCAGGGUCCGGGUUCACACUGCUGGUUCUGAUGGCUGUCGGGUCGGUGUCAAAGCACUUGAGAAAAGUAACGCGGGACCGAUCCCUCAUCCAUCACCGCUGUGAGCAGAGCGGGGGAAUCUGGCCUGUAGAGAGUCUGUCUCACAGAGCAGACAGACCAGGAGAGGAAUAUCACCCUCAGACCAAACAUCCAGACCAGAGCAGCAGAUAACAGCAAAUCCAGGGACAUAGCCAUGUCUCUCCACUCUGUCCGUGGCCUCGCCCUGGUGCUGCAGCUUUGCCUCCUGCAUCAUGUUGAAGCAGGGGCGUACUACGGGCACAAACAACUGCCCCAACAACUGCCCCAGCAACACCAACCCCUACCGCAGUUACCUCACCUGCCUCUAGGAAAGGAAGGGAUACCCCAGCAGCAGUACCUAGGGCAGGAGUUGCCUCAUCUGCCCUACGGAAACGAGAUGCUACCACAGAUACCUCUUCACAUGGGCAAGCCCAAUCUGGGAAAAGGUGAAAAUAUUCCCAGAGGUGAGAAAGGACCGCAAGGACAGCUUGGUCCUGUUGGGCCUCCAGGACCUCAAGGCCCUCCUGGUCUACCAGGCCAUGGCAUCCCAGGACCCCCAGGAAAAGCAGGCCCACCUGGCCCUCAAGGGUAUCCCGGAAUUGGAAAACCUGGUAUGCCAGGGCUGCCAGGUAAACCUGGACCAAAUGGACUGCCCGGCCCAAAGGGUGAGCUGGGACCAGGUGGUGGUGCAGGACCAGUAGGUUUGCCAGGACCUCCAGGUCUUCCAGGACCACCUGGGCUACCAGGUCUAGCAAAAGCAGGUGGACAGGGACUACCUGGAAACCAAGGGCUACGUGGAGAGCCUGGACACAAGGGUCUUCCAGGGAUUCCUGGGUUUCCUGGACCUAAAGGUGAUAAAGGCAAUGGUCUUCCAGGAAUGCCAGGUAUAAAAGGACCACCUGGGCCUCCUGGUCUUCCUGGUCCGGGAGGAUUACCAGGUUUUGGCAAGCCAGGACUAAAUGGCCUUCCUGGUGUCCCUGGACCUCCUGGUAAAGCAGGUGCACCUGGAGAGCAAGGGCUGGGAGGACUUCCUGGUGAUGAAGGACAACCUGGGCCACCAGGUCUACCAGGUAUUGGUAAACCUGGUUUAGAUGGUUUGCCAGGAAAGCCUGGUCUUCCAGGAGGAAAAGGAGAGCCAGGUCAACCUGGGCUUCCAGGCGGUCCAGGUUUACCUGGAUUUGGAAAACCAGGAUAUCCUGGGCCAAAAGGUGACAAAGGACAUGGUGGUUUACCUGGGCCUCCAGGAGCAAAGGGUGAGAAAGGUCAUGGUGGAUUUCCUGGAAUAAUUGGGCCACCUGGUCCAGGUGGUGCCCAUGGUCCACCCGGUCUCAUGGGACCCCCAGGGGGUAUUGGCUUCCCUGGACCCAAAGGAGAAGAUGGUGCAGUUGGACCAAAAGGGCCUUUUGGACCAAAAGGUGAACCGGGACCUUCUGGACUUCCGGGAAAGCCAGGGCUCACAGGAGAAAUUGGUCAACCAGGACCAAGGGGCUUACCUGGACCUAUAGGGCCUCAAGGUGAAAAUGGACAUAAAGGGUUACCUGGUCUUCCUGGGGCACCUGGGAAGCCUGGUCCAAAAGGUGAAGGUGGUUUCCCUGGGGAGAAAGGUCAUCAAGGGCCAACAGGAAUCCCUGGACUAAUGGGUCCAAGUGGACCAAUAGGGCCUCCUGGACUUCCAGGCCCAAAAGGUGACUAUGGACCACCAGGGAAACCUGGACCACCAGGUGACGGAAGACCAGGACUUCCAGGGCCAAUGGGUCCACCCGGGAAAAUAGGGCCUGGUGGCCUUCCUGGUAAACCUGGAAUGCCUGGUCAACCUGGUCCUCCUGGUCCACCUGGGCCCCCAAGUCAGCCUCCUGGCUUUGGCCAAAUUCUCCCGGAGACCGGUCCAGGUCUGGAUGGAGGCAAAUCAGGGUACAGAAAAGUCAAGCCUGGAGGUAAAUUUGGAAGGAAUGGUCUUGAGAUGCCUGCAUUUACUGCCCAGCUAACCACACCAUUCCCUCGUGUUGGUAUCCCAGUGAUCUUCCCCAAGGUCUUGUACAAUGGCAACCAGAACUACAACCCUCAAACUGGCAUCUUCACCUGCAGCAUACCUGGAGUUUAUUAUUUUGCGUACCAUGUUCACUGUAAAGGAGGCAAUGUUUGGGUGGCUCUGCACAGGAACAAUGAGCCAGUGAUGUACACAUAUGACGAGUACAAAAAAGGUUUCCUGGAUCAGGCUUCAGGGAGCGCAGUGCUGCCCCUACAGUCUGGAGACUCUGUUCACAUUCAGCUGCCGUCCGACCAAGCUGCAGGACUUUAUGCUGGUCAAUACGUCCACUCGUCGUUUUCUGGAUAUUUAUUAUAUCCAAUGUAAAGAUGCCAAAGGGUCAUUGAAAGACAGAACUGCAAAUUUCAUAGAGAAAUAUAUAAACUGCAUGUGUGUGUGCCAUCAGUACUCACAGAAGAGGAAGAAAUACUCGAUGAUGAAGACUUCAAUGCUCGGUGAUGAAGACCAGUUCACCAGUUGAUGUCCUGCAUAUAAUUUAUUGCAGGGGUUCUUAACCUUUUUAACUGGGCGACCCCCUUGUUGGCU